AACGUCACUCACUCGUAGUUUCAUGAUAUUUCUGUAAAAUUAAAAACCAGGCUGCUUACUGUUUAUUUAAAUAGUACAUUUUAUCUUUGGCUCGGUCGUGGAUAUUCAAGUGAAGCUGAAAGCAUAUUGCGAACGCGCGGUCAAUGAUGAACCCUGCGGGCCUUAGCUGCCACAGCUAGUCCGAAGCUGCACCAUGGCCAAGCCGGGGACUGAUCGAGAUGGAGCCAUGGUGGAAAAGACAGCUGGGAAGAAGAGCAAAGAUAAAAUCUCCCCGUUCACAAAAACUCCGAAGCUGGAUCGGAGUGAGAUUGUGGGAAAGGAGGGGAAGCCCAGGUCUUCCAUGAAACGCAAGCUCUCCUUCAGUGUCAGCCCACCCCGCAACGAGGAACGAGACUCAGACACAGAUGACUCUGACCCCGGCCAGUCGAGUGAUAUGUGGGGAGAGAGAAUACUUCCUCCCUGCAGGAUAUACGCAGAUAAAGAUGGUCCUGAUAAAAAGAAGGUAAAAAAGGAGUCUGGGGGUAAAAAGUCCACUCCUGUCAACAUUUUGUUCGGCUACCCACUGUCUGAGCGCAAGCAGAUGGCCCUGCUGAUGCAGAUGACAGCAAGAGACAACAGUCCAGACACCACACCGAGCCACCCAUCCCAAGCUCCAGUAGUGCCGAAAAAGACCCCCACCAGCUCCACAUCACGUCAGAAAGACAAAGUAAACAAGAGGAACGAGCGAGGAGAGACACCCCUGCACAUGGCCGCCAUUAGAGGGGACGUUAAGCAGGUUAAGGAGUUAAUCGGACUCGGGGCGGACGUAAACAUCAAAGAUUUUGCAGGUUGGACACCUCUACAUGAAGCCUGCAAUCUUGGUUACUAUGACGUUGCAAAAGUUCUGAUUGGCGCUGGCGCAGAAGUAAACACGCAGGGUUUGGACGAUGAUACCCCUCUUCAUGAUGCCUCCAGCAGUGGACACAAAGACAUUGUGAAGCUGCUCUUGCGCCAUGGAGGAAAUGCCUUUCAGGCAAAUAAACGAGGUGAGCGGCCAGUAGACGUUGCAGAUUCUGAGGAGAUAGAGCAGCUUCUAAAAGGGGAGAUUUCAAUAUCGGACCCAGAAGACAGCUCUUCAGAUUCUGAGAACCCUCCAUCAGUGAACCCCUCCAGUGUAGAAGAAAAUAUGGAAUACUCUGACACUGAGAAGGACUCUGACAGCAAAUCGACCACAGCAAAGGCUGCAUCAUCAGCAUCAGGCGUGGAUGAGUACGAGUUCAAGGACGAGGAAGAGGAGGACGAUCUAAACAAAUCACUGAACGACAGGCACAUCCUAAGACGAGAGGUGCGGCAAAAAGAAAAAGAGGAGAAGGAGCAAAACCAUCACACACCCAAACAGUCCAGCAAAAGCGACCAGUCAGUGUCAUCGUGCAAGCUGAGAAAGCCGAAAGCUUCCCGGGUCCUGUACUGCAGUUCGGACAGUUCGGGGGAUGAAACUGAGACGGCGUCCGAACGAAAGUGUUCGCCAACCAGGCCGGUCUGCAACGACGCUCACAAAACGGAGGGUAGGACCAAAAGAGAAAGUUUAAAUCUCACACCUGGAGAAAAAGGCAAAGCUAAUAAGAAAAAGAACAAGAGCCAAAGUAAAAAUAAGGAAAAUCAGGAGGUUCGAGAGGACGGAAAAGAGAACAGCAAAUCUCUUCUGUUCUCCUCAGUGACGGUGUCUGACAACUCUGAUAAAAACGUUAGAGAAGAAGACUCCUUCAAAAUGUCCUUCAGCCCAAAGGAUGAUUCGUCCGUGCACCUCUUUCACCUGUCCUCUGUGAAGUCGCCGAAGCUCAACAACAGCCAAACUGACAAGCAGACGACUCCAUUAAAGCAGGAAAAUGCUAAGACUUUUGUCUCCAGUGGAGAUGGAUCCUGCCCCAUGGAAAGCGUCAAGUACAACCACUACACAGAUUCCGACUACACCGAAGGCUCCAGUAGUAAGGGCUGUAAACACAAGGACAAAAGCAAACAUCACUUUAAGGACAACAGCUUGGAUACAGACGAUGGAAGCUCGAGUCCCUUUAACAGCAUGGACGGCUCAGACGGCAUCUUUAGGAAGGCGGACAAAGACGGCAAGAUUGUAAAGAAGCAUAAGCUAAAACACAGAGAGAAGGACAAGUACAGAAAAGAGUACGAGUCUGAGAGGAAUCGGCACCGCCAAAAAGAAAUACGGAAGGACGGACACAGGAACAUGGAGUUCGAUCGGGAGUUUUGGAAAGAGAACUUCUUCCAAAGUGAUGAGAAUGAUGAACUUGUAAGCAAAAGCGAUACACCAGGUAGCUGUUCUCCUCAAAAGUCUCUUGACUCGUCACCAGUUAAAGAAGAGAAGAGCACGUUCAAAGACAAGCAUUCAAGCAGCAGCAGCAGCAAUAAGGAGAAAAAACAAAAAGAUGAACGUGAGAAAGACAGGUUUAUUAAAAAAGAGAGGAAAGAUUCAUCCUACAGAGAAGAAAGAGGAAAGGAUGCCAAAGGGGCUGAAAAUGACGACAGAACGGAAGGUCUUUUACGAAAGCCUGAAGACUCACUUAUCAAUGUAAAAGAGGAGGUAGAAGAAAAGCCUCUUACUGGAGACUCGGUUGGUCAAAAUCAGGUUGAAACCUCAGAGAAAAGCAGCCGGGACAAGAGCGAUAAACGGCCGCCCACAAAAGAUAGAGAAGCUGAUAAAUGUGAGAAAAAACAAACAGACAAAGAAAAGAGAAUAAAAUUAGAGCAUCUAGCAGACCGGUCUGAUUUCCACAACUCCACAGAUAGAUGGAAAGAAAAGGACAGAGUAACCAGCACGUCAUACUCGUCUGGUGAUCGAAGCCACAAGGAGAGUGACAAAAUGAAAACUGUGCCUGUUACCAAAAAGCACGAGGAGAACAGGAAGAGCAAGGAUAAGCUCGACAGAAAAAGCGAGAAAGAUCGGACAGAAAGAGAGCACUCCUCAAGUGAGCACAAAGAUAGAACAAGUUCUGAAAAGAAAGCAAAAGCUCCUGAGAAAGUUGGCGAUCAUAGCAGAAUGGAACGAAUUAAAGAAAGAGAAAGAGACUAUGACAAGAGGAGAAAGGAAAAAUCCAAAGAAGCCACUCUUUCCUCAUCAAGUUCUAAUCUUAAACUACUUUUGGAAGAUAAAAAGGGCUACACAUCUGAGAGCAAUAAAACAGUAACCACAAAAUCAAAAGACGAGGCUAUGAAAUCACCCGAGAAAGACCGACACAAACCAGACCGCGAUCGAGAUUCUGAUAGGCAUCGGGAGCGCGACCGGCUUAAAGAAAAGGACAAGGAUAGAGAAAGAUCACAGCAGAGCAAGGACAACAAACUCUAUAAAGCAAGACCUGUUGAGUCAGAGUCCAAGCCUAAAAGUUCACCUGCGCAAAAAGAUGCACGUCCCAAAGAGAAAAGAUUGGUUAACGAUGACCUCAUGCAAACCAGCUUCGAGCGCAUGCUUAGUCUUAAGGACCAGGAAAUUGAGCAGUGGCACAAAAAGCAUUUGGAGAAGAUCAAGCAAAAAGAGAGGGAGCGGCUCAAGCAGCGGCCAGUGAGCGACUCUGGGAAGCAAAAAAACAAAGAUAAAACGAGGACGCCCACCAGCGAAGCAUGUGCCAAUAAAGAACUCAUGCGUUCCAAAAGCUCUGAGACUCCUGAAGGUUACAGUCGUGAGAAGAACCUAAAGGAUGCCACCUGUGGAAGGACACUUUCACUAGAUGCAAGGAACCUGUCUUGUCUUGGAAAAGCUGUCCCAGUAGAAAAUAGCCUGAAUCGAUCUCCAAGGCCGGACAGUGAAAAAUCCAUGGUCAUGUCAAGAUCAGUGUCCAUGAUCUCGGUAGCCAGCUCGGAGGAUUCCUGCCAGACUACCGUUCUAACGCCGAGGACUACAGAGUAUGACUCCGACCUCAACCUGGAAGCUUCUGAUUCUCAGCCACCUUUGCUGCAGUCUUCCCUCGUACUUCAGUCCUCCAGAUCACCAAGUGUCUUUGAUAAAGAUAUGAACAGUCUUCCUGACAUAACGCGGACAGCACCUGCGAACAGACACCCGUCGUCUUACUUGAGGGCUAUUCUAGAUGAGGAAACUAAAGCAUCUACAUGUGAACCAGACCGCUUGGUUGAGGAAUCUCAAAAAGUUAGCGACAUAUCGCAAUCUAGUGAUGAGUCUGGCAAAAUCCAGCCAAGAGAGGGUAGUUCAGAGGCUACACAGGAUUGUCAAAACACAUUGGCAGCGCAAGCCCUCAGUAAUGUACCUGUAGCCGAACAUUCUACCAGUGUUGAGGAUGAGAGUGCCACUGUAAACAGCCGGUUUGGAUCUGCACCCCAAGAUCCUCACACAAAGGACCUUGUACAAGCCAGCAGUGUUCUGCCAACUACAGCAGAGGUCAGCAAGCUUAACCUUGAUACUCCACCAGAGCACAGUAUACAGGGUCAGCAGGACGGCUUCGAAAAAACAGUGACUGAACACUCAAACGAGAAUCCUUUAUCGACGUCUGUGUCCCAUGUUGCAUCAAGUGUGAAUUCAGAGCCACAGUGCUCCACUAGCCUGCAAUGGGAUGCUGUUUCAGUGUCCAGUAGUGACCACUCUGCAAGAACAGAUAUAGUUUCAGGAGCAGAGCAAAAAGAAAGAAGUCAAGUAGCGAAUCCUGAACACAGUAUGGAAGAAGACACCAGUAUGGAGAAUUUAUCAGAAGAGAGUAAAAUGGAUUUGAUGAGCAGCACAGAUCCAUCAGUUAGCACAGCACUAAUAAGUUCUGAGGAGCCUUCCAAAGGACUGCUGCUGUCUGCAAAGGAUGAGGCUCAAGAUUCAAUUCCGGUUAAAGAAACUGGUGAUUUGGGUUCUAAAGAACAAUAUAAAAUGAGGGUGUCCGAUGAGAAUUUGGGUGCAAGUGAUGGACAUUCAAAGAACAAUGAACCUGCAUUGCUUGUCUCGACAUCUAAAAGUAUCUCUCAGUGUGCUUCUCCUGAACGGACAUCUGAGGAGCCAAUGGAAGUCUCUGAAGAGGGUCAAGUCAACAGGCACUUGAUUGCGGAGACAAAGACGGAGAAAGCAAUAACUUCCGAUGAUGAGACUCAGAAUCUGCCGGACGACAAUAUAGAGAUGUCAGACCAGCCCACUGUUGAGGAGAAACCUACCAAACCAGAGGCUCCACCAGACCGGGAUCAAAUCCAGGGUGGCACCUCUUGUGUUCAGCUUGAUUCUCAGACAGAACUACUGAGCGGAGCAACCUCUGGAAGCUCUUCCCCGUUGUCUGUAGUCGACCGAGACAGUGACUCAUCUGGAGCCAGGUCUAAAGCGAAACCCCUGGAUGAUGAGGUUGACGUCCAGGUGACCCAUCCAAGGAAACGAAAGAUGCCCAAAAUUUCCCCUCCGGCUCAAGCACACCUUUCAGCCCAGCAAAUUAAGGAGAAGACCCAGCAGUCUUUAGCGGCAAUUGUGGAUGCUUUAAAACUUGAGGAAAUUGAGCCCUAUCAGACCGAAAGGGCUAAUCCAUAUUUCGAGUUCCUGCACAUUCGCAAAAAGAUUGAAGAGAAGAGGAAGGUGCUGUGUAAUGUCAUUCCUCAAGCACCGCAGUACUACGAUGAAUAUGUCACCUUCAAUGGGUCGUACUUGCUUGAUGGGAACCCCCUGAGCAAGCUCUGUAUUCCAACUAUAACUCCUCCACCUUCACUACCUGAACCCCUAAAGGAGAUGUUCAAACAGCAAGAGGUUGUGCGCAUGAAACUACGCCUGCAGCACAGCAUUGAAAGGGAAAAACUGAUUGUGUCCAAUGAGCAGGAAGUCCUGCGUGUCCAUUAUCGGGCUGCUAGGACAUUGGCUAACCAGACGCUUCCUUUUAGCGCUUGCACAGUGUUGCUGGAUGCAGAAGUGUACAAUAUGCCCCAGGAUGUACAGGGAGAUGAUGGAAAGACAUCAGUCAGGGAUCGCUUUAAUGCACGGCAGUUCAUGUCUUGGCUUCAGGAUGUUGAUGACAAAUUUGACAAGUUGAAGACAUGUCUUCUAAUGAGGCAACAGCACGAGGCAGCAGCUCUCAAUGCCGUUCAGCGUUUGGAGUGGCAGCUGAAGCUUCAAGAGCUCGACCCUGCUACCUACAAGUCGACCAGCAUCUUCGAGAUCCCGGAGUUCCACAUCCCACUCGUGGAGGUCAACGACGAUUUUGACCUCACGCCGAUAUAACAGCAGUGAACCAGAUCUCAGAUCAAAUGAGUGAAUCUCCCCAGGACUCGAGUGGAGCAGAGAAACGCAGAGCACUUGUAUUGGUCUUGCACCAUAUCAUCAGACACUUCAGAGGAAAUAAUAAUAUGUAUUAAUAAUUUAAAAUAAGAACAUCAGUUCAUCUCGGAGACGGUUCUGUACCAGCUCCUAGACCCAGCAUUGCGUCUCUGAAGGUCCGGUUACUUUUCCCUGUGUCAGCUCUUGUUUUGCUACACUUACCUGGUCCAGUUGCACUUCUGAGAAUCCUGUCUGAACAUCGAUUCUUAGUGGUUGGGAUUAGGUUGAAACAAAAAUGCACUUAACUAUACGGCCUCUUUGGCAUAGCCGCAGAACCACAGGCAGGCACAGAGGAGAUCCAGCCAGCAGAGGGUGGCAGCUACCCUCAAUGACCAGAAGGAGUUGGGUUAGGCAGAGAGGGUGGGUGUUGUGGAGGGAAAAAAAAGUGGAGCUUGUUUCUAAAGUGAGUGUUCAUGUUGUAUAGAUUGUGUUUUUCAUUUUUUAACUUAUUUUAUACAUACCAAUUGUGCAUUUGUAAAUAGUCAUGUAAUUAUUGUUUUUAACUUGUAAAAAGAGAAAAUAACAGAAAGGAAGCAUAAUUAAAGUAAUAGAUAUUUUGAUUGUAAACUUUUUGUCAAAUGUUUAAUGGACCAAAGUUGGUUAUAUAUUGCGUGUCCUCUCUGUUGUUGAUGUUGGCUUAACUCUUUAAGCAUGUGUUUUAGAAUUGCGUUUGUUUUGUUAAGUUCCUUCUUAUACUACUCGUUUUCUUCUCAAUUCAUCAUCACAGCAGGUGUUUUUGACUUGUGAUUUCAAUGCUGUGCAUGCGUUGCAGGUUUGUACUUCUUUUCUGAAAAGCUGUACUGUGGUGAGGCUUAUGUACGUGGUCCAACUUUUCAUGCCUCUGUCGUCUUUUAGUAACACUCGGCUCUCAUGUGUUGCCUGUUGUCUUGCACACAUGAAGAGAAAAGGAGUUUGUUGUGUCUGUUCAUUACAAAAAAAAAGUUACUUUUGCAGUUUUAAUGUGAGAUCACAACAAAAAAAAAACUAUUUUUUACAACAUAAUGCCUUUUGAACGAUGUUCUAAAAAUAUGUCUAUUUUAAUAUUUACUUGUUACAUGACAAUGUACAUAACUGUAAUAUAUAACUGAAUAAAUUUUAUUGGUUGUGAA